AUGGCUUCAGUAGCUCUUGUCGGAGGAACUGGCCUUGUCGGCUCUCACAUCCUCACCACCCUCCUCCCCCACUCUUCAAUCGCCCACAUAGAAUUUCUUGCCCGCCGCCUCCCUCCCGAAUCCAUCACAAAAUCCAACCCCACGAAACUCUCCACCUUCACCUCGAAAGACCCGCCCGCAACCUGGACCUCCCACCUACGAACCGACACUCACCCGCCAGCUAACAUCUUCUUCUCAACCCUCGCCACCACCCGCGCCAAUGCCGGCGGCCUCGCUGCCCAACGUGCCAUCGAGCACGAUGCGAACGUCGAGCUAGCCCGGGCCGCCAAGGAGGCAGGCGCGAAGGUAUACGUGCUCGUCUCGUCGGCGGGGGCGAACGUGUCGUCAAGCUUCCCUUACCUGAAGCUCAAGGGGGAUAUUGAGGAGAGCAUUUUGGCGCUUGGGUUUGAGCGGACGGUGAUUUUGCGGCCGCAGCUCAUUGGCGGGCAGAGGGCGGAGACGAGGUUUGCAGAGGGCCUGUUGAGGGGGAUUGCGGGUUUUGCUGGGUGGAUUAAUAAGCCGUUGUUGAAGGAUUGGUGGUGUCAGGAUGCGGAGGAGAUUGCGAGGGCGGCGGUGAAUGCUGGGCUGAAGGCUUGGAAAGGCGAGGGAGGGCAGGGGCAGCAGGGUAUUAUUGUGUUGGAUGGGAAGGAUAUUAUCAGGCUUGGGCGGACGGAGUGGAAGCCCGAUAUUUCGUGA